GAAUCGCUCUCCAUGAAGCUGCGAUUUCGCGAGGAUACCACUUUCACGACGUUACGACCUAUUGACGAAUAUUUUGCAAACUUCACUCUCUUUCUUGUCUUCCUGAACUGCUAGAGCCUCGUCUGCUCGGUCUAGAUUGGCUCAAUAUUAUCUGCGACAGCACAGAGACUCGUCGAUUCGCCUCCGCUCUCACAAGUCAAAGUUCACUGCAUCUGCAAGUUCGACCACAAAUCCUGCAAAGUCCAUACUUUAGAAGAGACCUACAUUAGACCUUUGUUUGUUCGCAAUGCCUGAGACGACAAAGGUAGUGCCCCUCACCUGCCAUGGUCACUCCAGACCUGUCCCCCACAUCCACUUCUCGUCUCUCUUGGACGAAAACCAAUACUAUAUUAUAUCAGCAUGCAAGGACAAUAAUCCCAUGCUUCGAGAUGGUAUAACAGGUGACUGGAUUGGCACCUUCCUGGGUCACAAGGGUGCAGUCUGGCAAGCGCGGCUGUCUUCAAACGCCUCGUUGGCAGCCACAGCUUCAGCCGAUUUCUCUGCAAAAGUCUGGGACACCCAUACUGGCGAAGCGCUACACACCCUCGCCCACAACCACAUUGUCCGUGCGGUCGCGUUCCCCAAUCAACCUCACCCUCAGAUCCUUGCGACCGGUGGAAUGGAAAAAAAGCUGCGGAUAUACGACUUGUCACGCAGCGACGCGACCAGCUUUGAGAUUGGCGCUGGCGUUCAUACAGGGACCAUCAAGUCGAUAGUGUGGACGUCGGAUCCUAACGUCAUAAUUACAGCAUCGGAGGACAAGAAGAUCCGGUGGUGGGAUCUGCGACAGGAGUCGACGAUUGGAGAGCACGCUGUAGAGGGCACUGUGGGUUCAUGCGAGUUGGAUAACACCUCCUCGGAUGGCAUCUUGAGCGUAGCUGCUGGAAACAGCGCCUACUUUUUCAACAGUCAACUGCCGGGCUCGCUCAUCAAGAGCGUCAAGACACCAUACGAACUCGCCAGUGUAGCACUGCACAACGGAGAGAGGAAGUUUGUUACCGGCGGUAGCAAUCAGAAUGACACGUGGGUCAGAGUGUGGGACUUUGAUGAGGAGAAGGAGUUGGAGACGAACAAGGGACACCAUGGACCUAUUUGGUCGGCGAGCUUCUCCCCUGAUGGGAAGCUCUAUGCGACAGGCAGUGAGGAUGGAACAGUCAAGCUCUGGAAGUUUACAACGGGACCAUAUGGUCUGUGGCAGUAGAGAAUACGCUUUCUUUACGAGCUUGGGGCUGGUCGUUAUGUGUGUAUAUUGUCAAUGACGACAGUGUAGUCGGAAAGGCUCCCAGUUUAUACCAUUUGAAAAAAAAAAUAGUAAACUGCGAAUAAAGGCAGAAUCAACAAGUACAAAGCCA